CAUAGUUAUGACGUAAUGUCGAGAAUGCGCGCGUUUUUUUAAUGGGCCGUGCCACUGAACUGAAGCAUUGUAAACGAUUAUUUGUUUUUAAUCGAUAUGGCUUGCAGGAGAGGUGCUCUGAUUGUUUUCGAAGGUGUGGAUAGAGCUGGGAAGACCACGCAGUGCCAAAAACUUGUUCAGGCACUGCGAGUGAGUGGCGAGAACGCCGAAAUGAUUCGCUUUCCAGACAGGACAACAGAGAUUGGAGAGGUCAUAAAUGCCUACCUAGACAAGAAGAGUGACCUGGAGGACCACACUGUUCACCUCCUCUUUUCUGCGAACCGCUGGGAGAAAGUGCCCUACAUCAGGAGAAAGUUAGAACAAGGAGUGACUUUGAUUGUGGACAGAUAUGCAUUUUCAGGUGUGGCUUUUACAAGUGCUAAACCAGGCUUUAGCCUCGAAUGGUGCAAGAGUUCUGACAUAGGCCUCCCAAAGCCAGACUUGGUGUUCUUUCUGCAGUUGAAUCCAUUCAGUGCUGCUCAACGUGGAGAGUUUGGAGCUGAACGAUAUGAAACAAGUGACUUUCAAACAGCCGUUCAGCAGCGUUUUGACCAUCUGCUUUUAGAUGCCAGUAUACACUGGAAGGUGAUUGAUGCUUCUCAAAGUAUUGAAGAUCUGCAUUCACAAAUUAGGUCUUAUAGUGAAGAUGUGAUGGAACUCGUAGCCAGACAGCCAAUUGGAGAGCUGUGGAAAUAAAGGUUUUACUUCAGAAAGAUGCAUUUCUGGUUUCUACUGGAGCCUAGAGAAGACCAUGGUUUUCCAAUAAAUCACCCCCAGAUGUGAUCAAGUCAAGGUUCAGCAUCUUCUCUGCAUUUACUCCUGAUGGACUAUCGUUGCCAAAAUAAUCUUGGAGGUACUUCAGAUGAGCUGUUUUUGGGUCCAAUGGAGUGUUUUUGUUUUUUUUUGUGACCCUUUUUAUCAAAGUUUUAAACAACUUUACCUUGCAAAUCGCAGUAAAUGCAAACCUUACUAAACAAUUUUUAUCCCAUUGUAUUGCCCAAUGAGUUUAAAACACUGUAUAUACCAAACCACCCCAUAACAGACAUUACUGCAGUGUAAUCAUCUAUGUAAAUGCUCAUAAUGGAAGUUAUUAAAAUAAAAAUAUAAUUUUUAAUAGCAAAUACAAAGAAGAAAAUGUAAAAUUUUCACUUGACCAUAAAGAUUUCAUGAAAUGUUGAAACUUUACAAGUUAACACCAUUUAAUAAUACAUAAUAAACUUAAAUAAUGAUAUGCCACUAUAGUACUCAAUAGCACUUUAUUGGGCAUACACACGGUGGCACACUUAAAAGUAACCAGCAUCAUCCACUUAUAGGGAGUGCCCUUCUUUCACAUCAAGACUAAACUGCAUGACUUUGGGACAAGAUAUCCAAGACACCAACUUGCUGUGACAGAUGUGUCGAGACUUUUUGGGACCAGCUGGUAAGCUCACUUGAACUGUGCCAGUGAGCUAUGGAGCUAAAUGCUCUGUCACUGCCUGAUGUCACCUUUUUUUUUUUUUUUUUUUAUAUACAGUAUAUAUAAAUGGAGAGCAUGUUACUGCCACCUCUUUGUUAAAGUGUUUGUAGUGCUUGCACUGACUUCCUUUCAAGUACAUUCCUUCUGAAUGUAAAAUAAAAUGAUAUGCUGUUUAAAUAACCUAGUUUUCAUGCAAGUUCCAAAAAAAUUACAAAAUACUUUGGAAUAUUUAUUUAAAAGAAAAUCUCACUCCUACUCCUUUCAUGUUAACAGCAAAUACACUCCAAUUAAACAGUAGCCUGUAUUUAAGUGUGCCACCUGUGACCAGUAAGACGUGAGAGCGCGGCCUGCCUAUAAUACGACAACAACUGUUGAAAGGACGCUAACUUUUGAGCCUGGCUAAUAAAGUUUUAUCCUCAAGCACUGGCUCCAUUUUGGCUAGUGACUUACUGUACUGCACUUUGAAAUAGCAGCCACACUGCAUUCCUAGCACUGAUGUAAGUGCCAAAACAUAGAGUUUCUGUACAGUUAUUUGAGGAGUAUGCAGGGGCAAUACCUUCUUAACUCCAGAUGAAUGUCCUUAUAAAUUUGACUUUCAACGGUUAACCCGCUUAGUGUAAACAUCAGUGCAAUUAAUGGUAAUGCAGUGAUGCAUUGGCCCUUCUAUCGAUGCAGUAUCUUUUAAUAACAGAACUCCAAAUCAGUGUCACAGAGUGCCAGAGCCUGCCUUACCUUCACUCAAUGCUAUUUCACAUAUUAUUUGUGAGUACAGAUAUUGAACCUUUUUUCAAAGUUCUUGGAGACCUGCGAGUAAAGUCCACUUUGUAUGUGUGAGAGCAGGUAUGCCCUGUGAUGAACUCGCAUCCCAUUCUGAGUAAGUUUCUGCCUCAGGAUCAUUAUUUUUUCUGACCUUAUCCAACCUUCUUAGUCCAUGUAUAAGUUGAUCGAUUAAUCACAGAAAGACGAAUUCAACCAUGUACUUUAAGUAAAUUUAAAACAUGUAUGUGUAUUUAUAAAAAAAUGCAUAUAAGUAAGAUCACUGUACUUUAUUUACCUUUUUGCUAACUUUUUUGUUUGGCUUCUUAUUUCAUCUAAUAAUGGUAACAAAUAUAAUAAUAUGCAAGGCU